AAUGUGACGUUUUGAUGCCUGUUGGCUUGGAGCCUUGCUUGUAUUUAUCACGUGGGAUGCCACGGCAGAUCCUUCACAUUCAAAAAACACCUACAAAUCAAUAGGCCACUUAGUAAAUUAGUAAAUACUCACUAGCCGUUUGUCAGUGGGUUAACUUGUGAUUCAAUCUGAUUUCCCUAAAGCAAUUUCAACCUACUCUUUCUCCAGGUCAUUUUAAACUCUCAGAGUGAACGUCUUGAUAGGACCGACAAGACGCAUGACAUGUACUUAGAAAGCUUAUCUUAGAGCCACACUGAGAUUGGAACCCGCAAAAUAUGCCAGAGAGGAAGGUGAGCAAGGGGCACGACACUCACCCGGAGAAACCCAGCAAGUGCGGAGGUGUGGGAAAACCGGAGCCCUGCACACCCCCCGAAGCGGAGCCCUGCACACCCCCCGCGGAAGGUGGGUUGGCGCGGCCACUGUGGAGAACAGCGCGGAGACGCCCCACAAGAUGAGACGGAACUGCCAUGAGAUCCAGCAAUGCCAACUGCGGGUCUGACCCAGGAGAACGGAGGGACGUGAACAGACCUCCUCCUGUUCUUAACACCGUUAUUGUCAGCAGCUCAGCUAAGGCGCAGAGGCAGCCCAGCGUCUGUCAGCGGAGUCACGGAUGAGCAGAACACGGCACACGCCACAUUUGGAGGAUUGUUCACAAUGGAAUAUAUAUAUAUGUACUUGUAUUUUUGGUGAGACCCUGGAGGACACACUGAAUACAAUGGAAUACCAUCCUGCCUUUGAAACGAAGGGAAAUCCUGGCACACGCUGCAACAGGAGGGAGCUUGAGGGCGUCGUGGCGAGUGGAGCACGUGAGACACCGAAGGACACACGCUGAAGACACGCACAGAUGCCCACCCACGUGGGGAGGUGACGGGGGAGCACAGCGCACAGAGACAAAGUGGAAUGGAGGCCUGAGGGCUGGGAGCAAAUGCGGAGUGAGUGCUUCCUGGGGCAGAGUCUCCGUUUGAGAAGAGGAGAAGGUUCUGCCGACGGAUGUUGGCGAUGGUUGCAGAAGAAUGUGAAUGUGCUCAAUGCUAUUGAAGAACGGUUACAAUGGAAACGCCACCCCAGUGACCACCACUACCCCGUGGGCCUCCCUGGGCCUCCCCGCCAAGACCUGCAGCAACGUGUCCUUCGAGGAGAGCAGAACAGUCCUGGUGGUGGUGUACAGUGCAGUGUGCACGCUGGGGGUGCCGGCCAACUGCCUGACUGCGUGGCUGGCGCUGCUGCAGGUGCUGCAGGGCAACGUGCUGGCCAUCUACCUGCUCUGCCUGGCACUCUGCGAGCUGCUGUACACGGGCACGCUGCCGCUCUGGGUCAUCUAUAUCCGCAACCAGCACCGCUGGACCCUGGGCCUGCUGGCCUGCAAGGUGACCGCCUACAUCUUCUUCUGCAACAUCUACGUCAGCAUCCUCUUUCUGUGCUGCAUCUCCUGUGACCGCUUCGUGGCCGUGGUGUACGCGCUGGAGAGUCGGGGCCACCGCCGCCAGAGGACCGCCAUCCUCAUCUCCGCCUGCAUCUUUAUCCUCGUCGGGAUCGUUCACUACCCGGUGUUCCAGACGGAAGACAAGGAAACCUGCUUCGACAUGCUGCAGAUGGACAGCAGGAUUGCCGGGUACUACUAUGCCAGGUUCACCGUUGGCUUUGCCAUCCCCCUCUCCAUCAUCGCCUUCACCAACCACCGGAUUUUCAGGAGCAUCAAGCGGAGCAUGGGCUUAAGUGCCGCCCAGAAGGCCAAGGUGAAGCACUCGGCCAUCGCGGUGGUUGUCAUCUUCCUAGUCUGCUUCGCCCCGUACCACCUGGUUCUCCUCGUCAAAGCUGCUGCCUUUUCCUACUACAGAGGGGACAGGAACGCCAUGUGCGGCUUGGAGGAAAGGCUGUACACAGCCUCUGUGGUGUUUCUGUGCCUGUCCACGGUGAACAGCGUGGCUGACCCUAUUAUCUACGUGCUGGCCACGGACCAUUCCCGCCAGGAAGUGUCCAGAAUCCAUAAGGGGUGGAAACAGUGGUCCAUGAGGACAGACAUCACCAGGCUCACCCACACCAGGGACACCGAGGAACUGCCGUCGCCCGUGGCCCUUGCAGACCACUACACCUUCUCCAGGCCCGUGCACCCACCAGGGUCACCAUGCCCUGCAACGAGGCUGAUUGAGGAGUCCUGCUGAGUCCACUGUGUGGCAGGGGUGGAUGGCAGGUUGGGGGGCCUGGGGCCAGCAAUAUGUCUCCUGUCCACUGAGCCCACCAGCCACAGUGCCCGUGUCCCCUCUGGAGGACAAACUACCAAUUUCUCGUUCCUGAAGCCACUCCCUCCGUGACCAGUGGCCCCAGGCUUUCCCACAUGGAAGGUGGCUGCAUGCCAAGGGGAGGAGCGAUACCUCCAGGCUGCCAGGAGCCCAGAGAGCGUGUGGCAGGCAGUGGGGCCUCUUCAUCAGCAGCCCGCCUGGCUGGCUCCCUUGGCUGUGGGCAGGCAGCAGGCCUGCUGGCAGAGGUACCUGGUGGCUGUCCUGUUCGCAUCAGUGGCAAUGACUUUAUUUGCGGAGCAUUUCUGCAAGUGUUGCCCGGAUGCGGUGGCGCAUUGUGAGCCCUCUGGGCUCCUGCCUCAGAAUGUCAGUGGGCACCAUGCCGGGGGUCACCCAGCACUGUGGCAGUGCCCAGGAGGGCAUAGGGCAGCCUACCACCUCCAAGGGGGCAGGAGCCGUCAUCUGGGGUUGGGUCUGUGCUGAGCUGGAGGGCCUCUAGGGAACUGUGGGGCAGGGUGGCCAGCUGCUCCGGCUCCCAGAGCGCAGCCUAGGCGUCCCCAGUGGGGAGCCCCAAAUGUCCACGCCCAGAACGACAGUUGGCAGGACAGGCGUGACACAGCCACUGCAGAGGCAAGGGGUGCUGGGAGUCCCCAGCCGCAUCCUUGGGGAGAAGCUGGUGAGGGGUCCGUACAGGGUGGGGCCCCCACCCCCAGCCCCUUACCGAGGGGGGAGUGCAGCAGCUGGCCUGCUUGUCUGGUGGAGAAAGCCAGCUCCCUGCACCCUCGGGGCUGAGUCAGAUCUGGGUCUGCCCCAAAGGCCUCGCCUAGGCCAGGUCACACUGAUGCCCUGGUUUCCCCAUCUGUAAAAUGGGGCCAACGACACCUACCUCCUGGGUCACCAUUGAGGUCAAUCCUCCUCCCUGCCCUGACACCUUGGGCACGUCGCACGCACUCAGAGCACAGAGCUGGGCGGACGCAGCACCUGGAUGGGGAGCCCAGCGCUCAGCACAGUGCAGGGGCUUCCAGGGAGGCUGCACAGGGCUGUGGGGCUGAGCCAUGCUCUUGUUUUGUCAGGUAGCUAUGCAGUUGCUCUUCCUUGUUUUUGUUUUUGUUUUGUUUUUUUAAUAUUUAUUUUUUUAGAG